GGAAGAGGAGGAUCCGCGGGAGGAAAAUUCCGAAUCUGCGCCUGUCUUCCAGUUGGUGCCAUCAUCAACUGUGCAGAUAACUCAGGGGCUAAGAAUUUGUAUAUCAUGGCUGUAGCUGGAGUUGGUGGAAGAUUAAACAGACUGCCAGCUGCUGGAUGUGGUGAUAUGGUCGUAGCUACAGUUAAAAAGGGAAAACCAGAAUUGAGGAAAAAAGUAAUGCCCGCAGUAAUUGUUCGACAAAGAAAACCGUUUUUACGGAAAGAUGGAGUAUUUAUAUAUUUUGAAGAUAAUGCUGGGGUCAUAGUUAAUCCUAAAGGUGAAAUGAAAGGUUCCGCCAUCACUGGACCAGUUGCUAAGGAAUGUGCCGAUUUAUGGCCUCGUAUAGCGUCUAACGCCAGCUCGAUUUCAUAA